CGGUUCCUGGGCUGGCAAAGCAGACUUUCCUGUUUGGGCUGUGCUGUGCAGCCACCGUUCCUGCUGUACCCACAGCUCUGUGCUUGGUGGGACCCUGUCUUACACCGCAGCAUGCCCCUGUCAUGCACAGCACCUGGGCCUGGAGCCUGCACAGCGCAGAAGGGAGACUGAGGCUGAGGAGGAGACUUGUCCGUCACCCCAGCUUGGCCAUGGAAGCAGCAGCCAGGAAAGGCAGGGCCACAGCCUCCCCACGCACCAGCAACGCUGUGGCCAUUGCCACUACGGCUGGGCCGGGCUUCCUGGAGGACUGGCUUAGCCACAUCCCACUACCAAAAUGGGCACUUAUCGCCGUGGCUGUGGCAGUAGCCGUUCUCCUCCUCCUCUUCCUCGUCUGCAUCAUCAGGUGCUGCUGUGGCAAGAAGAAGCCCAAGAAGAAGGAAAGAGUCAGCUUGCAGACUGUCAACAGCUCCACCACGGCCAGCCUCGUGCAGCCUGAGCUGGAGGACCUGGAGCAGGGCACGGAGCAGACGGGGCGAGGCAAGCUGCAGUACUCCCUGGAGUACAACUUCCGUGCGCAGGAGCUGAAAGUUGGCAUCAAGCAGGCAGCUGAGCUGAAGGCCAUGGACAGCGGAGGCACAUCUGAUCCUUACGUGAUUGUCUAUCUAACGUCUGAUAUGAAGAAGAGGUACGAGACCAAGGUUUACCGCAAGACCCUGAACCCUGUCUUCAAUGAGAGCUUCACUUUUCAGGUACUCCAGGCAGAGGUGCCUGAAUCCACACUGGUGAUGCAAAUCUAUGAUUUCAACCGCUUUGCCAAACACGACACCAUCGGUGAGGUCCGGCUGCCCCUGGCCAGUGUCAGCCUGCAGCACGUCAUCGAGCAGUGGAGUGACCUGGUGGCAGCCAGCAAAGUGGAGGAAGAGCAGCUGGGGGAGAUCUGCUUCUCGCUGCGCUAUGUCCCCAGCACCGGCAAGCUGACAGUGCUCAUCCUGGAAGCCAAGAAGCUGAAGCGGAUGGACUCCCACGGGCUCUCAGAUCCUUUUGUCAAGGUGCAUCUCAUCCUGAACAGGAAGAAAUGGAAAAAGAAGACAACAAGUGUGAAGAAAAACACCCUAAGUCCUUACUUCAAUGAGGUGUUUGUUUUUGAAGUCCCUUUCAGUCAGAUCCAGAACGUUGACGUGGUCAUCUCUGUCUGGGAUCAUGACAAAGUGACCAAGAAUGAGCCCAUUGGCAAACUCUUUUUGGGCUGCCGAGCCACAGGCAACCAACUGCGGCACUGGUCUGACAUGCUGUCCAACCCACGCCGGCCCCUCGCCCAGUGGCACAGCCUGCAACCCCCAGACAUGGUUGACAAAGCCCUGGGUCUGAAGCCCCACCUCAAGCUGCCUUUGCCCCACAGAUAACGAAGCUCUUCUCCUCCACCUGGGACAGAGGGCUUGCGGAGGGGUGAGGGGCUUUUGCUCAGCAGCAUCCAGAUGUGUCAAUCCCAGCUCAGCAUCAGCGAAGAGGGGACUGGGGACCCUUCUUGGCCAAGAGAUGGUCUGGCUGCUGGUACAGCUCAUGCCCUGGGUGGUGCUUGGAGUGGGGCAGCUGGGCAGCCCAUGGCAAGGCUGGACGUGGUGCAGAGGAUGCUAGAGGGGAUGGCAUGGGUGCAGGGGCCGGCUCAUCCCAGCUGCUUGUGGGCUGGGGGGGACAAA